AUGAUGUUGCUGCAACGACUACUGUACCUUACAGCCCUGUUUUUGAGUGUUGCUUGCGUGUGUGUGGCCUCUGGAGGGGAAGAAGGUCCACCUUCUGAUGGUGUUGGUUGUGAACCAGGCAAGAAUGGAUCCAAGUGUGUUAAAGUCCUUAAGUCACCUGAAGCUGCUCCUCCUGCGUGUAAGGAACUUCCUGAGAGUGAGAGGUGCCCUACCAUUGGUGACGACAGUGAUGGCGGUUGCCCUCAAGAUUCUAAACCUUGUGCAACACCAAAAGAACCAGCUCCAACUUCACCAAAGGAACCAGCUCCAAAUACACAAAAUGAAGAAAAUCUUGAAGGCGAACCCGGUCCUCCUGGUCCUGCUAGUGCUGCUGGUCCUCCUGGUCCUGCUGGCAAAGCAGAUGAAAAAAGCAAAGACACCAAUGAUUCUGAUGAGAAUAGGGUAACUGGAAAACCUCCCGCUGAUGAUUCCGAUCCUAAUACUCACUCUUCACAACGACAACCUUCUGGUGAACCGGGUACGCAAGGUCCUACUGGCCAAAAUGGUGAUCGAAGCAACGUUCCUGGUCGUACUGAAGAGGUUCAGGAAGUCAAUAAAGGUAUUCGUCAUGUUACCACUGUUACUCCUGAAUCUUCUACUUCUGUUCUCACUCCUGAUCCUAACCCUUCUGAGGGGAGUGAUGGUGAGUCUUCAGUUGAUGGCCAAACUGGAAUCAAGGGCAAUAAUACACCACGUGAGGGUGAAAAUGGAGGUAACAAUGGAACUGCGGCAACACAACCUUCUGCUGACUCUCCUAACACUUCCGCCACAGUGAGUGGUGAUGGUUCUGAUAAUACAACUGCUGAGAAUGGCACUACACCUGCAGGGAGUGAGUCAACAAGUAACCAAGAAGGUGCGGGAAAUGCAGAAACAUCCACCACCACCACAACAACAACAACAACACUUCCUCCUGAACUCACAAACAACAAGAAGGGUGAUGCAGACAGCAGCAGUAGUAUCAUCAGUUCUGUGUGGGUGCGUGUACCACUACUGAUUGUGGUUACACUGGCCUGUAUUCUUGUGUGCUGA